AUGGGUGUCUUCUACAUCCGUGUCUCCACUGGGUGCUCACUGCACACGGGCUCCAUAGACAGAGUCCACCUGUGGCUGGUGGGCGAGCAUGGGGAGGCAUCUCUCGGGAUGCUGCUAGCACCCCAAUGGAACUUGGAGGUGGAAUUGCGGGUGGACGUGUCAGAACACCACCUGGGGCCGCUGCUGUUUGUGAAAGUGCAGAAACGCCAUUACCUUCUCGAUGACGCCUGGUUCUGCAACUGGAUCUCUGUGAAGGGCCCGGGAGAGCAGGGAGCAGAGUACAGGUUCCCCUGUUACCGAUGGGUGCAGGGCACCGGCAUCCUGAGCCUCCCUGAGGGCACUGGCUGCACUGUGGUUGAAGACACUCAAGGCCUGUUCCGGAAGCAUAGAGAAGAGGAACUGGAAGAGAGAAAGAGUCUAUACCGGUGGGACAACUGGAAGAAUGGUGGUAUCCUGAAUGUGGCCGCUGCCAGCUUGUCUGACCUCCCUGUAGAUGAGCGAUUUCGAGAGGACAAAAGAGUUGAAUUUGAAGCUUCGCAGGUUUGGGGGAAAGCAGAUGUCCUUCUCAACUUUCCUAUAAAUUCUCUGACCUCCUGGAAAGACCUAGAUGACUUCACAUGGGUUUUCAAGCUUGGCCGCACCAAGCUGGCUGAGCGAGUUCGAAGCUCCUGGAAAGAGGAUGCUUUCUUUGGGUACCAGUUUCUCAAUGGUGCUAACCCCAUGGUGCUGAGGCGAUCUACUCAACUUCCUUCCCGUCUGGUGUUCCCUCCGGGGAUGAAGAAGCUGCAGGCUGAACUGCACAAGGAGCUGAAGGAAGGCACUCUGUUUGAAGCCGAUUUCUCCCUUCUGGAUGGGAUCAAGGCCAAUGUCAUCCAAAGAAGCCAGCAGUACCUGGUUGCCCCUCUAGUCAUGCUGAAGCUGCAGCCUGACGGGCAACUCUUGCCCAUGGCCAUCCAGCUUGAACUGCCCAAAAUUGGAUUGGACCCACCGCCAAUUUUUACACCUGCAGAUCCCCCAGUGGACUGGCUCCUGGCCAAAUGCUGGGUCCGUAGCUCUGACAUACAGGUGCAUGAGGUACAGUCUCAUCUCCUGAGAGGACACCUGAUGGCUGAAGUCUUUUCUGUGGCCACCAGGAGGACCCUGCCUUCAGUGCACCCUGUUUUUAAGCUUCUAGUUCCUCACCUGCUCUACACCUUGGAAAUUAAUGUCCGGGCCAGGAAUGAUCUGAUCGGAGAGAGUGGUUUUUUUGACAAGGCUAUGAGCACAGGCGGAGGAGGUCAUGUGGAUCUUAUCAAGCAAGCCAGAGCCUUUCUGACCUACAGCUCACUGUGUCCCCCUGACGACUUGGCUGAGCGGGGGCUCCUGGAUGUUCAGUCUUGCUUCUAUGCUCAAGAUGCCCUGCGUCUCUGGGAAGUCAUAAAUCGGUAUGUGACGGGAAUAUUUGAUCUCCACUACAAGACUGACGUAGCCGUGAGAGAUGACCAUGAACUGCAGAACUGGUGUCGAGAAAUCAUGGAGAUUGGGCUGCAAGGUGCCCAGAAGAGAGGGUUUCCCAUCUCUCUACAGUCUCGGGCUCAGGUCCACUUUAUCACCAUGUGCAUCUUCACCUGCACCGCUCAGCACUCUUCUGUCCAUCUAGGCCAGUUGGACUGGUUCUAUUGGGUCCCUAAUGCGCCCUGUACCAUGCGGCUGCCACCACCUACCACCAAGGAUGCGACAAUGGAGAAGCUGAUGGCCACACUGCCCGACCCUCAUCAAUCUACUCUCCAAAUAAAUGUCGUCUGGCUGCUGGGCAGAUGCCAGGCUGUUAUGGUGCCUCUGGGCCAGCAUUCAGAGAAACACUUCUCAAGCCCUGAGGCCAAAGCUGUGCUGAUGAAAUUCAGAGAGGAGCUGGCUGCUCUGGAAGAGGAAAUUGAGAUUCGUAAUAAGAGCCUGGACAUACCCUAUGAGUACAUGAAGCCCAGCCUGGUGGAAAACAGUGUGGCCGUAUGA